AUGGGCUUCCCUAUCAUCGGAGAGAGCCUUGAAUUCCUUUCUACAGGAAGGAAAGGUUACCCCGAAAAGUUCAUUUUUGAUAGAAUAGCUAAAUACUCAUCCCAAGUUUUCAAGACUUGUAUUCUAGGGCAGCCCACUACGGUUGUUUGGGUAUGUAAAGUAUUCUUGAGCAUUGAUGAUCCAAAGGAUGUUGCCAAGUUUGCCCAUCUUUUCAAUAACUUGGCAUAUGGGAUAAUUUCUAUUCCCAUAGAUUUUCCAGGAACAUCUUUCAUUCGUAGUAUCAAGGCCUCGAAAGUGGUAUCCGGCGAGCUUCCUCACAUCUACCGGGAGAACAAAUGGAUAUUGCCAAGUCGAAAAGGUCGAAGGAGUCGCUCAACUCGGAAUGAUAUUCGGAGAAUGAAGUACUCUUGUAAUGUUGCAUGUGAAGUGAUGAGACUAGCUCCUCCACUUCGAGGUUUCCACAUACCUAAAGGUUGGAAGUUAUAUUGGAGUGCCAAUUCAACACACAGGAAUCCUGAAUGCUUCCUGGAUCCUGAAACAUUUGAUCCGACAAGAUUCGAAGGAAUCGGACCGGAACCUUAUAAUUUUGUUCCAUUUGGAGGAGGGCCUAGGAUGUGUCCUGGGAAAGAAUAUGCACGGUUGGAGAUACUUGUGUUCAUGCAUAAUUUGGUCAAAAGAUUCAGGUGGGAGAAGCUGAUUCCUGAUGAGAAGAUAAUUGUGGAUCCCCUCCCAUAUCCUGCUAAACAACUUCCCAUCCACCUCUUCCACCACUAA